GGUUUCAAUUGAUUCUGUUCGCUUUAAGGCAGGCCAAUAUAUGGCAAUAGGUGCUAUAGCUUUUGAUAUAAUUUUCACUCUGUUUGUUGUUUGGAUGAAGCAGAAUAAAGAUCUGUUCAAAUUCUUUUUCUGGUGGAAGCGAAAAGAAAAUGAACAAGAUGUUCUUGGAUUUGAUGUGUCCUUUGGUGAUGAAUUUGGGAAUGGCAUGGGGCCUAGGAAGUUCUCUUACAAUGAACUGGCUAAAGCAACAAACAAUUUUGCAGAUGAUGAGAAGCUUGGCGAGGGAGGGUUUGGAGCAGUUUAUAAAGGAGUCUUGCGGGAUUCCAGUACAAAUGUUGCUGUUAAAAGGAUUUCCAGGAGUUCCAAACAAGGAAUCAAGGAGUAUGCAUCAGAAGUGAAGAUUAUUAGUCGAUUGAGGCAUAAGAAUUUGGUGAAGCUUAUUGGAUGGUGCCAUGAAAAGGAACUCUUACUUGCUUACGAGUUCCUGCUUCAUGGCAGCCUGGAUUUUCAUCUCUUCAAAGGAAGGAGCUUGUUACCAUGGGAGAUUAGAUACAAAAUUGUGCAGGGUUUAGCAUCAGCGUUGUUGUAUCUACAUGAAGAAGGAGAUUUCUGUGUAUUGCAUAGGGACAUAAAAGCAAAUAACAUUAUGUUAGAUUCGGCUUUCAAUGCUAAGCUUGGGGAUUUUGGGUUAGCUAGACUAGUUGACCAUGGAAAAGGGUCACAAACAACUCUAUUGGCUGGAACUAUGGGCUACAUAGCUCCUGAGUGUCAUAGAAAAGGCAAGGCAAGCAAGGAAUCGGAUGUCUACAGCUUUGGAGUUGUGACACUUGAAAUUGCAUGUGGCAGAAGGUCAAUAGAGCCUACAUUUGACGAGCAAGAGGUGUCACUGGUGGAUUGGGUAUGGGAAGCAUAUAGGAAUGAAAUGCUUCUUGGUGUAGCUGACAAGAAACUUUCUGCAGAUUUUAAUGCGAAAGAGAUGGAGUGUUUGCUACAUGUUGGGUUGUGGUGUGUGCAUCCUUCUCCCAGUAUGAGACCAUCAAUUAGGCAAGCAAUCCAGGUGCUUAAUUUUGAGGCAAUGCUACCCAAUCUAAAAUGUAAGGUGCCUAUACCCAACUAUGAUAUCCCUAGUACUUUCGUCAUCAAAACAAGUGAACCUAGUUCACUGAGCAUUACUUUGCCUCGCUAAUUUUCAUGUCUUAUCUAGUACAAAUUAGUUUUGAUAAUAAACAGGUGUGUUUAUUGUUUGAGAUUACUGGACUCUUGGCAUGCUAGUUUGAAUUUACUAAUCUUGUGGCUUUUUCCGGUCUUAAGGUGUUGUUUGGUAAAUUUAUUGUCUUUUGACGUUGGCAAAUGGCAAUUUGCAUCCUGAGUUAUUGGCAGAAAAUUAAUGGUAUGUAUAGACUGGUGAUUUUGGAAAAUUAAGGAUUAGUACUGAA